AUGUGCUUGGUGGGGUUGAGUGCUGCGAAAUGUGAUCCUGAAAUCUGUGGCUCUAUGAAUGUGAGUUAUCCUUUUUGGAUUAAAAAUUCUGAUUGUGGAUACCCUGGUUUUCAGAUCAAAUGCAGGAAGAAGAGGUCUACUGGGAUGCAAGCUCCAUUCUUUACUGCCUAUUUAGGUAACCAUACUGACAAGUUUCUUCCACCUCACCAGUAUGAAAUUAUGAAGAUAGAUUAUAUGGGUUAUCUGAUGAUCAAUUCGACUUCUCUGAAACUCCAAUCGUGUGAGACAAACAGCAGUGAAUCAAGAAUCUUUCAGCCACCUAAUGGUGGGCCUUUCACCAUUUCCAUGUCUAAUAAAUUUGUGGUUAUUGGCUGUAAGACAUUCGGUACUUAUGCAUACGGGAAUUUGGGCGAUGUUAGAUGUGUAUCGCUUUGUAAGCCUCAAAGUGAUCCACCAUACUGCCGCUAUGGCUGUUGUGAAGUUAGCGUUCCAGAUAACUCGAAGUGGUUUAAUUUCACUGGUGGAGGUGUGUUUAGGUUGCGCAAUUCUACUACCAACAAUUAUGAGAAGAAGUGUGGCUUCUCCACCAUAUUGGACCCCUCCACCUUCACCGUAGUAGACAAUGAAACAAGCCUCUUUUGGGGAGAAGGCAGGAAGGCUUAUUAUGGUCUCCGCCUUAACUGGAGUAUCGGCAGUCAGAAUUGCUCCAUGGUUAAAGAAACUGCCAAUUAUUCUUGCUCCAUCAACGCAAAAUGCAUUGACUCACCUACCGAAAAAGGGCACGUAUGCAAAUGCCUUCCUGGGUAUGAAGGAAAUGGUUAUUUGAAUGGCACUGAUUGCAUAGAUAUAGACGAGUGCAGUGAUAAAACGUUGAAUAUGUGCGUUGGACAAGAGGAAGGAGGAAUAUGCCUUAAUUUGGCAGGCUCCUAUAAUUGUUCAUGUGCGCAUGGAUAUAAGGGAGAUGGCUUUACAAAUGGGAAGAAAUGUCUAUCCCCACAAUCCAAAACCACCCUCAUAUCUGGACUCAUAGGGUCUAUUUCUUCAUUCAUUGUGGUUUCUAUGGUAGCUUGUGGACUAUUUUGGUGUCUGCGGCGGCGUCGUUUGAAAAAUGCAAAAGAAAGGAAUUUCCGGCAGAAUGGCGGAUUACUGUUACAGGAACGCAUAGCUUCUAUGGGAGGAAGAAAAGGCCUAAGAAUAUUUUCUGAAAGAGAACUUCAAAUAGCGUCCAAGAAUUAUUCAAUAGAAUUGGGGAAGGGUGGAUUCGCAACUGUGUACAAAGGAGUUCUCGCUGAUGGCUUGCCUGUGGCAAUUAAAAAACCCAAUUCAAUAUCGGAUGAGUUUAUCAAUGAAAUUAUAAUUCUGUCUCAUAUACAUCACAGGAAUGUAGUGAAAUUGUUUGGUUGCUGCAUGGAAACUCAAUUUCCAUUGCUUGUGUAUGAAUUUGUUCCAAACGGCACAGUUUAUCAACAUCUACAUUCGGGCGAGACGAAGUUGUCAUGGCAAACAAGGCGGCAGAUUGCCAUUGAAACUGCAGAGGCAAUAUCAUAUAUGCAUCUUCAAGCUUCUCAACCUAUUUUCCAUCGCGACAUAAAAUCUUCAAAUAUUCUGUUAGAUGAAACAUUGACCCCAAAAGUAGCAGACUUUGGUCUUUCUCGUUUAAGGCCUUCUGAAGAAAUGCAUUUGAGCACUAUGGCAGUGGGUACUAGAGGGUAUGUGGAUCCUGAUUUCGUGAGGAGCAAUCAAUUUACAGACAAGAGUGAUGUUUUCAGCUUUGGUGUAGUUCUGGUGGAGCUUCUUACUGGUCUUACGCCCUUGCUCUCCACACAAGGAUCUAUGUGCGCUUUAUAUGACCAUUUCCUCUCUGCGCUUGAUGAGAACCGCCUCACUGAAAUUUUAGAUCAAAAAGUCAUGAAUGAAGAAAACCAAGGGCAGAUGGAGAGUAUGGCAAGAUUAGCAAAAGCGUGCUUGCAAAAGAAAGCAAGAGCAAGGCCGUCCAUGAGAGAGGUGGUGGAAGAACUUGCAUGGAUAAGAGCUGCCACAAGACAGUCGGGACUUUACAGAGAUAUUAGUCUUGUAGAACACACAGGUGAUUCAAAACAAUCACCGCUAAAUUAUCAUGCCUUGCUAACCUCAUUUGAUGGUGAUUAUCAAGAUCUUAACCCUUUUACACCUGUUACAGCAAUUUCUUCAGAGGAUCCAUCCACUGCGUUGAUUCAGAUUGAGAUGCCAGAUAAGAAUGGACGAUGA